AUGAGUCAACCCAGCGUCUGUCUUCUAUCCCACAUGAUUCAAAGAAUGGUGCCUGAUUUCGACCCAAAACGGUUUAUGUCAGAUGACACAAACAGCUUCUACAACGGAUUUCUACGUGCCUUCUCAGAUGGAACUGCCGUCAAGAUUCUGUGCAGUUCGCAUAUUCUUCGAGCUAUCAAGCGUACUUGUAGGACCAAGUUUCUGGAACAGUGGGGUGGUUUCUCGCGUGCCAACGCAUGCAUGAAUAUUUCUACGUUAGGAGAACGCUUCCAUAAGAGGCUGAAGCAUGAACUACCCGACUCGAAGUCUGAUAUGCGGUUCGGACGCCUCACAGAUCUCACCAUCUACUCCCUGCUGACAUGA